GCUAACACAGCAGACGCACAGUGUUAGUCUGACGGAUUUUCUAAAACUAUAAAACACUGAAAAUCAUCCGCCUUUACUCCAGUGUGUUACCGCCUAUAGACAGGACUUUACUAAAAUUUAGUCAUGAAAUUAUUUAUUUUUGUUUAUUUUUCCUCUUUGCUGGGAAAUGUUUGGACUGUAACAUGGAGCUCGACAGUUCUGGAAGUUCUGCUUUUUCUCCUGUUUUCUGUUCAUCUUUCAUCAGCAGUCACACACACUCUGCAGUACCAAUACACUGCUGUCGGAGGAAUAAAUUUCACAGAGUUCACUGCUGUUGGUCUGGUGGAUGGAGAGCAGUUUGUGUUCUCUGACAACAUCAAGGAGAUGAUUCCAAAGACAGAGUGGGCACAGAAGAUCAGAGAUGAUGAUCCACAUUACUGGGACACAGAGACAGAAGAGAAGCGGAAUGAAUAUUACAGACUCAAAGUCAGAUUGGGUCGCAUAAUGGAGACUUUACAUCAGACUCAAGGAGUUCACACACUCCAGAGGAUGUUAGGCUGUGAGCUCCAUGAUGACGGCACCACUACAGGAUAUUCUCAGUCCAGUUAUGAUGGAGAAGAUUUCAUGGGUCUGGAUCUGGAAACUGGAACCUGCACUGCAGUUAAACCUCAAGCUGGAAAAUUUACAAAGGAGUGGUAUCCUACAGACGCUAAAGCUAAAUACUGGAAGAGCUACCUGGCGAAUGAAUGUGUUGAUCGUUUAAAGAAGUUUGUGUCUUACGGCAGAGAGACUCUGGAGAGGAAAGUUUGUCCCGAGGCAUCAGUGUUCCACAAACACUCGCCUUCUCCAGAGGUGGUGUGUCACGCUACAGGUUUCUUCCCCAAAGCCCUGAAUAUCACCUGGCAGAAGGAUGGAGAGGACGUGAUUGAGGACGUGGAGUUCACGAAGACGCUACCCAACCAGGAUGGAAGCUUCCAGAAGAGGAGCAUUCUGAAAGCCCCAGCUGAGGAGCUGCAAAAACACAAAUACACCUGCGUGGUUCAGCACAGCAGCUUGGAGAAGGAUUUAAUCCUAGAAGUAGCAGAAGGUGGAGGAUCAGGUGGAAGGCAGACUGGAGUCGUCAUUGGUGUCCUUGUGGCUCUUGUUGCUGUUGUCGCUGCUGUCGCUGUUGUCCUCUGGAAGAAGAGGAACUCUGGAUUCAAACCUGUUCCCCCCAGACCCUCCUCUGAAGGAGAUUCUUCCUCCAACGACUCUUAAACUGUGGCUGUGUGACUUCCUGCUGAAGAGAGAGAGAGAGAGAGAGAGUGAGGAGGUGCAGCCAUGCUGCUUCUGCUGCUUCUUCUUCUGGUUUUAAUAGAAUUUAGCAGUGUGUGUAAAGCCCCACUGCCACAAACUGGACUGCAGUGUGUAACACAGGGAUCGGGUCUUUAUAUCUAUUUUAUAGAGAGGGAUGAAGGAAAAAUCUACAAAAACAAAUAAAGUCCUGUAAUAACGUCCUGUCGCUCUUAGAAAUUUUAUAUAUCCUGCUCAUGUUCUUCCUUUUUAUUGUGGAAUCCUUUGUAAACAUUACUGUACUGUAAAUCAGGGCUUUGAACCGGUUCAAGGAACGAAAACGAAAACCAGGAACUUUUUCUAUUUCACAUGGAACAGAAACGAAACCAGAAACUUUAUUUUUUAUGUUCCGGAACAGAAACGCUUAUUAAAAAUAAUGGUUACCGGUUUUUAUUUCGUUCCUCAAAGUUUCCAUAGCCUACAAAUAAAAAAGUCAUUCUCCUCCUGCGCAAGUUUCUAUGACCCGCUGGGGUUCACUUCCUGUGUGACGUUCGCUGACUGAAUGGAGAGAGCGGGAAGGUGGACUACUAUCACGUCUCCACGUGAUAAUAAGUGAGUAAGUGCAUUACUGAGUGUAAUGAAUGUACUGAGGCAAAGAAUAGCCUGAACAUUGCAACCUCCCUAUUGGCUGUUUGUAAAAAUGUAUCAGUUGUUGCCCUUCCCACGGGAAUCAUCGCGGGCUCGAGAGACGAGACCUGCGAGUUAGUUCGUUGGUAGCAGAACAAAAUGUCUGGACACAAAUCAGGUUUUCAGAAAAGGAAAGAAAAUAAACAGAGGGUCGAAAAUACAAAAAAGGAGGCAGAAAAUGCAAAACGAGUUUUAAGGUAGGACAAAUGGUUACUUUUCUGAGGCAGCCCGCCGUGGCUGCAGGCUUUCAGUUGUCAUUGAAUGGUUACUUUUCUGAGGCAGCCCGCCGUGGCCGCCUGCAGGCUUAUUUAUUAUAGCCCAUUUAGUUAAAAUAGUUGAUAUAAAAUGUUUAUAGUUAUAGUUAUGUGAUGGUUGUCCUGAUUUAGACUUUUUUUUGGGGGGGGGGGUUGCGCGAUGUUGUACCCGGGUCCAAAUUAGGGCAGAACCGGCCCUGGCUACAUUUCAGGUGUAGUUUGUUUUAUGUAUGUAUGUACUUGCAUAGAUGUGUACUUGGUCUUCCAAUAUGGCGCCUAACAAAAUCUCGCGGCGCGGUGACGUCAUGCAGUAGCCCUCUAUAGGGCCUGACUAGCCUUUGGUAACACACUAAACGAAUUAUCUUUCAUUUUUGGCACUUUUUCUGUUUGUGUAGAUGGGAAGACAUACUGAGAAUCCAAAUCGCCAACAUUUGAAAUAAUAAUUGUUUUGAAUUAUUUCUUGUCUUAUUUAAUGAAGGUUGUAAUAGAAUUAGCCUACAUUUGGCUUAAGCUGGAUGAGACAGAGACAUAAUUUUAUAGCCAUUUGUUAAACAGCUGACACAGGCCUGGCGCCAGGAACAGUUUACUAAGGGGGCAAUUAGAAAUCGCAAGGGGGCAAAUAUUUUUCAUAUAGUGUGUAGUAGUGAUGGCGGUCUGACAACGUGUUUCAAACAAUUAACUGCGCCAACCACAAAACCACGGCCCCGAAGGUUGCUUUAGUCCGGGAAAAUCAUGUGGCAUAUUACCAGAGCAGUUGCGCUUUAUCAGCACCCGUGCCCACCUGUUAACCCUCCCCUCCAAUUUUCACACAGACACACGGUACAACCGGAAAGAUGCCAAACAUAAAACAACACACACAAACCUACAGGCAAGUCCUUUACAUUUAAAAUACAUACAAAUAGCUCCGCGGCAUGAAAACAAAACGUCAAUGCAAGUCUAAGGUACUUGGCUCGGCGGCCAAAAUCAUAAUUUAAAAAAAUCAACAGACCCCGCGGCUGCACCAGUAAUAGCCUUCCUGACUCGCACCGAGUCAAUGCUAACCACUUAAUCCGCGACCCCAGUUUAGGCGUGUAGGGGACUAAACACUCUGAAGUGAUGAAUUUUCACCCCUGCUGCAUGGGGGGUGACGUCGACGACACAUAUUCUUACGCUAUUUGCACACAAAGCGGACCAUAUAUGAACACACACACACCAACAUACACGGAGAUAAACUUAACCUACAAAGAAAGAAAAUGGAUUCACAAUAUUGUGAUUGAAUUGGUUUAAUUCGGUGGGGGAAAGACUACUCCCGUAAACUGACUGCAUAUUGCAGAGACAGUGCACUUGUAAGUGUAGACUACAUGUAAAACCCCCGCCUGCCCGCCCGCCCCUUGUCCUUAUCACAGGUCUGUGUGUGCGCGGCUGCGUCAGCAUUUCACACAUACACCCACAAUAACAAUUAAGAAAACAAUUAAGUGAUCUGAGUCUUCGUUGAGGGGGUGGGGUUGUAGCCACGAGGGGGCGACGCCCCCUUUCGCCCCCCCACGGCGCCGGGCCUGAGCUGACAGGGAAUGUAAUUAACCGUUCCGGGAACGAAAUUUUUUUGUUCUAACCAGUUCGGGAACGUCUAUUUAAUGGUGGAACCCAAAACCGGAAACGUUAAAAUUCCGUUUCUGUUCGGAACGAACCAAUAGGAAAAAAAUUCUGGUUCAAAGCCCUGCUGUAAAUAUUACUCUACUGUCCUGUCUUUUGUAAAACCUGUAAAAAGAAUUGAAAUUCAUACAAUUGCGAUGGAGGUCAUAAAUUUUACUUUGUUGAGCCUUAAAUAAAUCUUUAUUUACUCUG